UAGUUUGUCAAUUACACAAUGCACUUAGAUAUAAUCAUAACAUUUUCCUCCCAAAUGAAAACAAGUUCUAUUGUGUUUUAUGACAUACAGAAAGGCAAAAAGUGAAGGACAUGCUUUGGAGAGUCUCGGAAUUAUUAGUGCCUCCCAUUAAACACAUACGAGAGCUAAAAUUGAAGCACAAUCAAGCACUCAAACUAGUUAAAUACUUAUGUGAGCAAGUCAGAUCUUUAGAAGACUUGGAAGCUUAUAGAUCACUUGCUAGAAAUCCACUCCUCGUAGCAGCAAAGUUAGGGAUUCACGAGAUUAUAGAAGAGAUUGUGAAUUCGUUUCCUACAGCAAUUCUUGAUCAAAACUCAGAAGAUCGAAACAUAUUUGAACUUGCAGUUAUAAAGCGCCACGAAAAUGUUUUCAACCUGUUGUAUCAAAUGGGUGAGUAUAAACAAUAUAUCACACGAUUGAUAGAUAAUGAAGGGAACACACUGCUACACUUGGUUGGAAACAAAGCACCUAUAGAGAAACUCAAUGUUGUUCCUGGUGCAGCUCUGCAGAUGCAGCGUGAGUUACAAUGGUUUAAGGAAGUGGAGAAGUUUGUGAACCGAGUUAUAUAG